AUGACCGACGAGAAAAUUGUCAAUCUGUUGGCAGAACAGCAAAAGGCUAUGAAUUUGCAAACGCAAUUGCUUCAACAACUUGCAGAAUUUGUCAAAGGAAAUGAAGCAUCAACAUCAAAGACGAAUUCACAAACAAAUUCACAAGCAAAUUCAUGCACGUCGAAAGCUGCACUCAUGGAAUCAUUGGCACACUCAAUGACUGACUUUGUGUAUGAGCCAGAAAGUGGUCUGAUUUUCCAAGCGUGGUACAACCGUUUCGUACAUGUGUUCGAAAAGGAAGCGAGUUCUCUAGAGGAACAUGACAAAGUGGCUCUUCUCUGGAGAAAGAUGUCGAACCAAGUGCACGAACGAUUCACCAACUACGUUUUGCCAAAGAAACCUACAGAAAUUUCGCUUAGUGAUACAGUUUACAGACUCAACAAGCUUUUCGGAGAAACGGAAACUCAAGUCGCACAACGCUACAGGUGCUUACAACUUGCAAAGGUAGACAACGAGGACUUCAAAGAGUAUGCAAGUCGCGUCAACUUGCAGUGCGAAUUGUUUAAGAUGAAUGAAUUGCAAAUCAAUCAAUUCAAGUGUCUCAUCUUUGUGCUAGGACUCAAGUCUAGCAGAGACAAUGACAUUCGCAUACGUCUUCUCAAAAUGCUCGAUGAGGAAAACGACAGUAUGAACUUGGACAAACUGGUAGACGCAACACAAAGGAUCCUUGAUCUAAAAGCUGACAACACGCUGAUAGAACACCAACCAAAGGUAAUAUGUGCUGUUAAGAAACCGAAAGCCGAUCCAAAUCAUGCAGACCGAAAACCAAAAACACCUUGCUGGUUUUGCGGAGAUUUACACUACGUAAAAUACUGCCCUUACCGAGAUCACAAGUGCACCAGAUGUCAUCAGAGAGGCCAUAAGGAGGACUAUUGCAAAAGUCUAAACACAUCACACAACAACAACAAACAUUCGAAGUAUGCCAAAAAGACGAAAAACAGUUUUCGCACAAAAGCCGUGUUCACAACCAAGCAGCUCAGUUUUCAAAAACUCCGUAAGUACGUAAAUGCCAAUUUCAACAACAAGCCUGUGAAGCUACAAGUGGAUACAGCAUCAGACAUUUCCAUCAUAUCGAAAUCAACUUGGGAACAAAUCGGUGAACCAGAAGCUCAUACCACCACAGACAGCGCUAGUGACGCUAACACUAACAGCAUCAAACUUCUCGCAAAGUUCAACGUAGACGUCACUAUCAACAACACCACCAAGUCUUUACAAUGCUACAUCACAGACGUUGAUCAACUCAACAUCAUGGGUAUCGACUGGAUACAAGCAUUUGGACUUUGGGACAAACCAAUAUCGACGUGGUGUCGUCAAAUAUCUUUUGAUGACGAAGUCGCAGUAUUGAAAUCAAACUAUCCAGUCGUGUUUGACAACUCAACGCUUGGUCUCUGCACCAAGACAAAAGUCAAAAUUCAAUUACUGCCCAACGCAAGGGAAAUUUUCGUUUCAAAACGUCCAGUACCGUAUGCGGCAAGAAUUGAAAUCGAGAAUGAACUGGACAGGCUACGAAAGGCAAACAUAAUCACACCUGUGGACUCUUCAAGGUAUGCAGCUCCAAUAGUAGUGAGCAAACGGAACGGAAAGAUUCGAAUUUGCGCAGAUUACUCAACUGGUCUAAAUUCGAUCGUCGAGCCAAAUCAAUAUCCGUUACCUACCCCGGAGGAAAUACUUUCGGAUUGCCACAACGCUUCUAUUUUCAGUCAUCUUGAUCUAUCAGACGCCUAUCUUCAAGUGGAGGUCGAAGACGAUAGUAAGGAGCUUCUUACUAUUAACACCCACAAGGGUCUGUAUAGAUUCAAUCGUUUGACCCCAGGCAUCAAAUCAGCACCAGGGGCAUUCCAGCGAAUAAUGGAUCAACUUUGCAGUGGUAUUGAAGGCGCAAAAGCAUACAUUGACGAUAUCAUGCUAGCCAGUAAGUCAAUUUCUGAUCACAUUACUAAUCUCAAUUUGCUUUUACAGAGAAUUCAAGAAUUUGGUUUCAAACUCAAAUUUGAAAAAUGCCAAUUUUUCAAAAACCAAAUUACAUAUCUGGGACAAGUUAUUGACAGAGAGGGAAUUCGACCAGAUUCCAACAAGAUCAGCGCCAUACAAAACUUGAAGGUACCCCAGAAUAUCACCGAAGUUCGAAGUCUAUUAGGUUCCAUCAACCAUUACGGUAAAUUUGUCAACAACAUGAGGAAUUUACGCAAACCUCUUGAUGACCUACUGAAGAAAGACCAGAAGUUUCAAUGGACUCCAGAAUGUCAAAAUUCAUUGGACGAGUUCAAGAAGAUUCUUUCAUCGCCUCUUCUUUUAACUCAUUACAACCCUGACUUACCAAUACAUGUUGCAGCCGACGCUUCUUCGCAUGGUAUUGGUGCAGUGAUAUACCACACAUUCCCGACCGGUGACAUGAAGGCAAUUCAUCACAUUUCAAGAUCUCUCACACCGGCAGAGAGGAACUACAGCCAAAUAGAAAAGGAACAAUUACGUCAUUCGCAACCAUAA